CACAGUAACUGUGGCAGUUGCUCCAGUCACACCGUGGCCAAUGACAGCCUGCUGGCCUGCCCCCUCCUCCAACAUGCUCUGCACAGACAGGCCCACGUGUGUCCCCAGACGCCUGAAUCACUGCUGACAGCUUGGGACCUGUCGGCCGUGGGCUCCUGGGGAGCCACCGGGGAGGGGGUUAGCAGCCACGUUGUCGCCUCCUAGGGAACACCUGCAGACAUAAAUAGACAGCCCGCCAGGGCAGCAGAACAGAGCCAACAGAGCAGCUGCGCACAGUGCCCACCCGUGCCCGCCAGAAUGCUCAACGCUACGCUGUCUGCUUGCUUCCUGAGCCUGCUGGCCUUCACCUCUGCCUGCUACUUCCAGAACUGCCCGAGAGGCGGCAAGAGGGCCAUGUCUGACAUGGAGCUGAGACAGUGCCUCCCCUGCGGCCCCGGCGGCAAAGGCUGCUUCGGGCCGAACAUCUGCUGCGCCGACGAGCUGGGCUGCUACGUGGGCACCGCCGAGGCGCUGCGCUGCCAGGAGGAGAACUACCUGCCCUCGCCCUGCCAGUCGGGCCAGAAGCCGUGCGGGAGCGGGGGCCGCUGCGCCGCCGCGGGCGUCUGCUGCAGCGACGAGAGCUGCGUGACCGAGCCCGAGUGUCGCGAGGGUUUUCUGCGGCUCACCCGCGCCCGCGAGCCGAGCAACGGCACACAGCUGGACGGGCCCGCCCGGGCGCUGCUGCUCCGGCUGGUGCAGCUGGCUGGGUCGCGGGAGGCCGGGGAUUCUGCCAAGCCCCGGGGCUACUGAGCCGUCGCCCCCACGCCUCGCCCCUACAGCAUGGAAAAUAAACUUUAA